CGGAGAGAGACUGAGAAAGAGGUAGAGAGACAGAUAGAGAGAGAGAGAGGUAGAGAGACAGACAGAGAACCUCCACAGGACAGGAAAACCCAGCGACGCAGCGCGCAGCACCUCAGAGCAGACGCUCAGAACCUAAUGAGAUACAGCGUUACUUUGAUACUGCGUUAAUUACACAUGUGAUGCGCGGCAGAUGUCUGGGGGGUCUCAACCGAAAGUUCGUCAGACAACUCCGAGGGAGACAAACACUUUAGGAACGAAAGGCCGUCCAGUGGACCCUUAUCUCCGUAUCUUUUAAUCACAGUGUGGAAUGUGUGCCGGAAUGGGCCCCACGACCCUGCCCGUGUUCCUGGCACUGUUCUACAUGGCCGGCAGUGGAGAGUGUCAGAUAAACAGCACCGGCAGUGACCUGGCUGUGGACCUUCCUUUCUCCAUCCAGCAGGCCCACUUAAUUACGACCCUCGAGCCCUUCUCUACCCGGGCCCCGGCCGCCGACCUCUCCCUGGGCCCCGAGGGCUCCAACGUCACUGUCAGGGUUUUCGUGCCUCCGGGUUGCACCCAGGCCACGUCCAUGAGGUGGGCUUUCAAGUACAUCAACACCGCGAUCGCUUGCGUCAUUUUCCUGGUGGGCAUGGUGGGUAAUGCCACCCUGCUGAGGAUUAUCUACCAGAACAAGUGCAUGCGGAAUGGCCCCAACGCCCUGAUCGCCAGCCUGGCCCUUGGGGACCUGAUCUACAUCACCGUUGACAUCCCCAUCAACACGUACAAGUUGCUUGCUGGGAAGUGGAUCUUAGAAGACCAUCCUUUUGGACACUUCCUGUGUAAGCUGGUCCCCUUCCUCCAGAAGGCCUCUGCGGGCAUCACAGUCCUCAACCUGUGUGCACUCAGCGUGGAUAGGUACAGAGCGGUCGCAUCCUGGAGCCGGGUGCAAGGAGUGGGUAUUCCGCUGCUCACAGCUGUUGAGAUUGUCACCAUCUGGGUCUUGUCCAUCAUCCUGGCCGUGCCUGAAGCCAUCGGGUUCAACAUAAUCACCUUCGAUUACAGAAACGUCACAUUGAAAACCUGCAUGCUCGAACCCAAGACCCCAUUCAUGCUGUUCUAUACGAACGCCAAAGACUGGUGGCUUUUUGGCUUCUACUUCUGUGUUCCUCUGGCCUGCACAGCCAUCUUCUAUGCCCUCAUGACCACUGAGAUGCUCCACAGAAGGAACGGAAGUCUGAGGAUAGCUCUGAGCGAACAUCUCAAGCAGAGGCGAGAGGUGGCAAAAGCAGUUUUCUGCUUAGUGCUGAUAUUUGCACUCUGCUGGUUCCCUCUGCAUCUCAGUCGGAUAUUAAAGAAAUUAUUGUAUGUUCCGGGUGACAGUGAGCGUUGUGACCUUCUCAGCUUCUUGUUGGUGCUUGACUUCCUAGGCAUAAAUCUGGCCACUGUCAACUCCUGCAUAAACCCCAUCAUCCUCUAUUUCGUCAGCAAGAAAUUUAAAAACUGUUUCAAGUCCUGUCUGUGCUGCUGGUGUCACUCAGGGACGUUGAUAAACAGCAUGGUGCCACUGAACGGGACGAGUGCGCAGUACAAAACGCAGGAGGCCAACAACCACAACCACGACCGCAGUCUACGGAAAUACAGCGACAACUGAGGCCCUCGCCCGUGACCGACCACGCCACCACUGCCCGCUCCCCUCAACCCCUCCAAGCAGUGCCCACGAAGUGCGCACAGGACCGUCUAUACCCUCAACAACAGAGAUACGGCGACAUACCAAACACUACAAUCUCAGGUUUCAAAAUCAGCCUUCACUUUUGCAGAGGACCGAAGUGCUGCUGAGCGUGAGGCAGCAAGAAAUCUGUUUUAUUUUUCUGAAAAGAACACGACGGCAAGCCCGUACGAAACCAAGAUGUGCUUAACCAUGUUUCAUAGUUCCCUGAGGGAAUGGCCAAAAACGGGUGGACAAAAUGGAAGGACGCGUGAACAAGUCGAGGCUGAAAGGGAGUCGCGGCUAUAAACAGCUCGGCUCAGUAGCAGUAGUCUCUUUUAAAAUUUCACAUUAAGUGGGCUGAUGUCAGCAACACCACUGGCGGCCGCAGGAAGGAAUUCCAGUGCAGAGGUCACUUCUGGCCCACCGCGGUGUUCGCUCGCUGAUUCACACGGCGCUUGGUUUUGGCGGUCUGCACGGGGUUCAGCCAAGAGCCUUUUUAUAUUUCCAGGAAAGCACAGAAGAUGUUCCCACACAGUUUUUUUAGAAGUGCGGAUUACGCACAUUCAUAUGUAACCUACUUACCGGGACUCUCUGCGACUAGGCUCUAAGGCAACCCACCUGUCCAGGUAGAACUGGAGGAUCAGGUGAGCAAGCAGGCACAUUAACCACAUUAGCCUAUUAGUGAUUUAAUAUUAAAGUAUUACAUGCAGUAUUUAUGAGAUGUUUAUUUCAGGUGUAAGAUGCAUUGCUCUUCCACUUCUAUGAAAUAUAGAUCAUUUGUUUAUCCAAAUAUAUGUUAUAUAAAUGGUGUUACUUAUGGAAGGAAACAAAUGGAAAAGACUCGAUUGAAACUGAAACGAAAAGGUGUUUCACCUUGAUUGUCCUUGAGAAUGUUAAUAUUUAUGUUUCACAGAAAUAUUGAUGUUAAAUUAUCAGUGACAACACAUGAAUCCAGAAUCACUGGCCUCAGAACUCAGAGGUCAAAUGUGGACACGAACAAGUGUCAAAGUACAAGGUAUUACUGUCAGGUAGUGUUCUCGUGGGUGCCGCAAUGAUGCUACAUGUUUGAACUUCCUGUUUGUGGAUUCUGGAUUCACAUGAAAGCAGAAGGUCACCGUGUCAGGAAUUUAUUUGUGAAGUUUCCAACCAGGUCUGUCUGUGCUUGACUCGACUUCUAACCACCUCAUGAAACUAUGCAUGACAGGAGUAGAAGCCCAUGAGAAUAUGUUCAUGAAAAAACAGAUUUUGUUUUAAUAUUCAAAAUUUAGAUUCAAAUUCAGAAGGCAAGAAUAUAUAAAUGCCAACAUCACAGUGGACUGUCUCAGGACUCACCUGGGGAAGGGUGGAUUUCAGUGGGGACCCCCUGGUUAAGCUGCACAUGAGAUCUCGUCCUCCAUCAAGUCUGUGUGAUCCUGACCUGUAAACUGUCGAUAUGUGAUACAAGGGAGCAGCUAGCAUUGCUUGCGUAAGGAGGACACAGUGUCUGAGCUCUCCAGGAACAAUGACAGAUGUAUACAAUUGGGUAUUUACAUUUCUUCCGCAAAAAUAGGGGACUUUUUUUGAUGCAAAUGUCAAAACUACUUGUAUGUUUACUCCAUAUAAAAAAGUUGAAAACAACAUCAGCAUAAAAUCUAAUUAUUUGGUGAUUCUGACAGACAGUCUUUAAGUUUUUUCUUACAUUUUGUAGUAUAUUACUAAGAAACGUUGUUGGCCUUCAUUCAGUGCCUAAAGUAGGACUGAUUAUGUAUUGAUUUAUGAUGAUUAAUUAUGUGCUAUACUUAGUGCAUGAAAGGGAAUAGAACUGAUUAUGUGUGUUUCUGUUCAUGUAAUACUGUGCACUUGACUAUGUAUUUGUUAUAAUUUCUGUUAACCUGCGUGUAUGUAUGUACUGUAUGUGUGUAUGAGUGUGCUUGUGUGUGUAUGUGUGUGUGUGUGUGUGUGUGUGUGUAUUUGUGUGAAAAUGAAAGAAUGAUAAAAUAAACAAACUUCAAUCAA